CUCGUGCAAAGAUUGUUAUGUCAUUUUUAUACAGAUCUUAGUAUUUACGUAAAACAUGAACAUUGAUAAAGUAAUUAAUCAGAAUUCAGAAUGAAAGUUCAUGCAUGAGAACCAGGGGAAGACAUUCAUCCUACGUGGAAGGAAAGUAUUUCGAUAUAUGCAUUACAAAAGUUUGCCGCGUGUCGAGUACGAGUAUGCGGUCACUGAACCUGACUACGGGCCUUAAUAUUUAAAAUAUCGAUUAAAAACAAUUUCAGCCUUGACGUACUUUCCGAGGCGAACGAAUAAAAAGCUAAUCAACGGAAACUGAAUGAAUAUAUCCGGGUUGUGCCAAUUUUCAGAUACAUAUAUACACUACGUCCUAAUACCGUAUUCUUUCUUUUUAUUUCCUUUUACAUUUUACACGCGGCUCUCGUUUGAAAGGCACUGCAGUGUACUUCACGUGCGUAUGCUCGAAAAUCGUUCAUCCGAACAGAUGUACUACAUCGCGAGGUAGUACGAACUACUGUCCUCCUAAAUUUCGUUCUUUUUAGCGGUACGAUAAAAUUAAGAAUUAAAAUCGCUUGUCCAUUACUGCUGCUGAUAAACGGGCCCCGGAUCAUCGGCAAGAGAAUCUUGCUUUUAAAGUACGUUCAUCCCGUUCAUCCUCGGACAGGUUGGGUAUAACUUGGACAAGAGAAAGUAUGCCCUUAAUAAUAAUCUUUGUAUUGAAAGAGAAAGGGUACAGGACCGUGUGCAGUCAGGCGAAGAUGCACGAUUUCAAGAUUUUUUAACCGGGAUCGUCGAUGCCAGAAAUUCAAUGGCUCGUGGACAACAAAAGAUACAGUCGCAAGCUAAGGCAGCUGAGAAGGCUGCGAAAGUGAAAAAGCAACAGGGACACAGUGCCAAUGACCAGAAAAAAGCAGCGCAAAAGGCUUUAGUACAUGUUUGUGCAGUUUGUAAGGCACAAAUGCCUGAUCCAAAGACGUACAAACAACACUUUGAGAACAAACAUCCGAAGAACGACUUACCGGAAGACUUAAAGAAUAUAUGAGAGUGGCAUAAUGCGUAAUGAACACAGCAUUGGGAUGGGGAAAGAUUUGUUUAUUGAUAAAAAGACAAAUUACUGCAAAUGACAAAGUGAUAUAGUUUGACAUUCAAUUGAUCAUUAAGUAGUCUGGAAAGAGAAAAAAUACUUAAACCUUGUUAGUGUUUAAAAUGAACUAUUGCACAGUUAAGAAACCAAUUUUCAUGCACAGACCUGAGCUAUGUAUUUUUAAUGAUUCAUUCGGAAGGUGAAACAUAGUUCUCUUCCAGAGAUGUUUAAUAAUUUUCUAAUUUUCACUCGAUCGAAAUGUGUAUAUUACUGAAAGGAAUAAAGAUAACCGAUUAGAAUGAUUCGAAAUAUUCAUGCAUACUUUGAUGUUGUAGCCAGUAUAACGAUCUUUGUUGAAUCAUUUUUCUAUGACUAAGAAAAACAGAAAUAUGUUAAUGCAGUAUCUCGUAUUCAAAUUUAGAUAGAACGUAACAUCGUUUAUUUAUAUAUCUUUCAAGAAGCGAAGAGUUUAAGUGUUAUAGAAAGAAUUGUCCACAUAAGGAACAAGAAACUGCCAUUUUACAGUGUUUCUACCAAUUAGAUUAUUAAUGUACACGUUGUACGAUGUAUGUAACAAUUUAUAUGUAGGUGUUUGGUUAUUAAGUUUUCUCGUAUCCGAGCCUAAUUUCUGUUGAAAUUAAAUUGUUUCAUAAUCGACGACAGUAAAAGGUUUCUCUAGCUAUUAAUUGAAUUACAUACUCAAAUUUUAGCGUUCGUAGUACUUAACUUUUCUGCUCUUUCAUACUGAGAAUAAUUGAUUCGGUGAACUCUCUCGCGAUACGAUUCUGCAUCGCAUUUUAAUAAAAGAAUCCGUUAUUCUCGGGAACUUGCAAAUGUAAUACAUUAAACUCUAAAGUAUGCUUGAAAAAUCUCCAUCAGAAUCACCAUUGAAAGUUGAAUGAUCAAUGUUCGAUAUGGACGAGGUUUAUAGAGACUACAAAAUAGUUUGUCUUCACCAUAGAAAUAAGUAUGCGAAAUCAUGUAAUUUGUUCUUGACAAGAUAAUUACAGAAUUUUACACCAAAA